AUGCAUCUUUCCAACCUCCUCCCCCUUUCCCUCCUCGGCCUCGCAGCCGCCGCCUCCCUCCCCAAGACAUCCCCCUUCCACCGCGACCAAACCGUCCCGCUCUCCCUCCUGGCUAAACGCGCCUGCGGCGAGACGGCCCCCCAGGUCUGCUACGGCGUCAGCGGCGGGACGUCCCAGGACCUCGACCCGGACGACAUCUCCUACGCGGCCGCCUUCCUGCGCUACCAGGCCGACAACAACGGCAACCCCAUCUGGCAAAUGCCCUCGGAGUUCGACUGCAGCGAGUGGACCCUGCCGCUGGCGGGGGCCGGCACCGUCCUCGCGCUGGCGAAGCACAUCAAUCCCCGCACGAACUCGGGCGUCACCUACACGGACCUGGCACGCACGAUCGAUGGCGGCGCGGAUGCCACGGAUGAGCAGCUGGCCGCGAGCUUGCUGGGGUCGUGCGGGAAGAAUGGGGGGCAAAUGGGCGUGACGGUCGAUGCGGCUGAUCCGGCCUAUCACACGUCGGACUACCUUGCGAGCGGGAUGAAGCCGGCGGAUAUUAUUGUCAAAUUGGUACGGAACCCGGACCCUUCUUCGUAG